AUGCAUACUAAGGUCCCUGUUCGAGUUGAUGGAAGAUUUAGGUUGGGAGACAUUUUGGGAUCUGGUUCAUAUGCUGUUGUGUAUCGUGCACGGAACAUCAUCAAGGAGGAUGCAGUUGCCAUCAAGCUUGAACCCAUCAGCCACUCAUCUUCCGUGCAACGCGAAUACAAAGUUUUGAAACACCUUGAAGGUGGUGUUGGUAUUCCCCGCGUCCAUUGGUUUGGUAGGGAGUCGACAUAUCACGCUCUGGUUCUCAACCUCCUUGGGCCAUCACUACAUGACCUAUUCCUUACCCACAACAACAAAUUCAGCCUUGAAACUGUUGUGAAUCUGGGAGACCAGCUGGUCAGUUGA